AUGCCUCUUCCACUAGGUCUCCGUGCUGAACUGAAAUUGCAUCCGGACGUGCAGUCAUUAGACGAAGAAUGGUCUGGGGUCACAGACCCUGUCACUCGUCGGAAGCUUCAGAACCGCUUGAACCAACGAGCAGCGAGACGACGCAAGGCUGCGCAGAAGAAGGUGGGGGAGGACGCCUCGUCGGAUCCUAGCCCUUCUCGAGCUGCAGGGCUCAAAGAUGUGCCCCUGGUAGAGCGGGCCGAUCUUAAAGACCUGAUAGCGUUGAGGAGCCAGAGGAUCAGCCGCACCGACUGGCACACUGCCCUCAGGGCGUCCGACCCAUCGGGUCAGUCGCCCUUUGUGUCCAUUCGGAGCAAGAUGUCUUGUCAGCGAUGGUAUGAGGUGCUUCUGGAAAACCGACUGGCCACCGUCAAGGAACUGGUUGAGAAGAUGAUGACGGAACGCGACAACGCUUGGAUGUAUCCGCUGCCUUCCGAUCACCUGAUCUCCCUGAUCUAUUACAACGUGUACCGAGCCCUCAUCUCAAACACCCAUAUGCUGGGCCUUGAUUUGAAUUUGAUGUACACCGACGACUACCCCUCCCCGUUCCUACCUCUGUCACAAAGCGCCACCUCGAAUAUACGGCACCUGCCACCUUCACUGCAGCCGACCGAAUUACAGAAGACCAUGGCACACCAUCCGAUGUGGGACCUCUUUCCCGAUGCCGAAAUCAGAGACAACAUCCUCCGAUACGGGGAAGACAACAUUGAUGACCUGCAGUUAUGUCUCGACAUGGUCGGGGAUGGCAGCUACACAGGCCUGGAGGGCCUCGACACUCAACAGACGAACGGAUUGAUUGUGUGGGGAGAACCCUGGGACUCGACAGGAUGGGAAGUAACGGAAUUUUUUGCGCGGAAAUGGCCUUUCCUGCUGAGAGGCGCAUUCAACGCUCAGAAAUCCACGAACAAAUGGCGGGCGAGUCGUGGAGAGGAUCCUCUGGAUUUUGACAGGAUCCUGGAGAUUGAGUGA